GCGCACUUUGGGCAUACUUGCAAUGUCCAACAGCUACACUGACGCCGCGCGAUUCCUGACCACUUGAAACCUCCCUCAGAUCCUCUCGAUCUGCGUUCUUUCACCAUCAUCUGCCGCCUCGCUCUCAAACAGCCUGAUCUCGAGCAAUUGUGGCAGGAGGUGAGAGAGGAAAACGGUUAGCAGACAUAUAACAAGCGCUUGCUCGACGCGAUGGUGGGGAUCAAAAUGGGCUAUAUAUACUGUCGCUGAUACUGAAAGCUAAGCUUUCAGUAUUCUACCUUUUGGUGUAACGGUUAUGCGCGUGCGGCAGUCUGACCAAACUUACAACACGACUGACAUGUCCGAUUUCGCAGCGAGGAAUGGUUGCCGUUGCGAGUCUUGCAUGCUUGCUGUUUUCACCCGUUCAAAAUCUUGACUCCAUUUCUGGUGUGCUUUAUCGGUUGCUGAUACUCUUGCCGUUACUGCUGUCCGUCAUGGGACUAUCUUACCAGCGGGAUUUAAAAUUAUGCUGCGCUAACAUAGAAAAAUAUUACGAUCAGGAGGGUCUGAAACCGCGUUUGAAGCGAGACGAUGUCUUGUACCACAUCAGCCUCUUCCCUGCGACGCAGGUGCUUCUUGCCUACUCUUUAGCGUGUCUCGCGGGAGGUCUUUGUAUGAUUGUUAUGGGCGUGAAUGUCUUUACGUCCCUUGCGGUGGUUAUCACGGUCGGCAUACACUUGGACGCAGCUUUUACCGAGCGUGAGGCAGGGGACUUGACAUUUUUGGCAGGUUGGAUUGCGUAGUUCGGCAUUUGGUUGGUUCACAUCCUACGCAGUCUUAAUACCCUUGGUGUUUUCUGGUGGAACUAGUACUAACUCUUUUUACCACUUCUUGUAGAUUUUCAAUCGAUUUGUAUACUUCGAACCACAAGUGCGCGUUCGGUCUCCUGCCAGCCGUGUCAUUGACAUUUUCGAAAAAGGAGAGCGAAAGUUGUCCUGGUGAAAAUCUGAGCAGAAGUAAAAGAGGAUAGGAAGUCCGUCCCAGAUAUAGCUAGUCAGGAUGUACUGAUAAAGAACCAAGACGAGUGGGAGGACAAGAACAAAACAUAUCGAAGAUGAGCAGCAG